GUGUCACUGACAGGUGUGGUGAGUCACGCAGGUGAGUUAAUUGGAGACUCGCGUACAGGUAACUCAGAUCUCGAGACUCGCCCCCUUCAACUGGGAAUAAAUAACAGAAUCAUGGCAGAAGCAAAGCUGGUGAUCAAGGCUCCUGAAAAUAACAAGGACCCAAUCUUCCAAGUGCUGGAGAAGGUCAUCCCCGAGAAGUUUGGAUCCGACUCGGGUCUGACGGCUCUGGAGAUUUCUUCAGGGAGCGGCCAGCACGUGUCCUACUUUGCGCGCAAGUUCCCCAGCAUAUCAUGGCAGCCAUCUGACAUCGAAGACAAGUACAUUAAGAGUAUUAAGUGUUACAUCGAGGAUGACAAGUGUGAAAAUGUGAAGGAACCAGUGAUAAUUGAUAUUAGUAAGCCUCUGAGUGAAUGGGCAUCGCCAAUUGCGGAGAAAUCUAUCAACAUGAUGGUCAACAUAAACAUGGUGCACAUAUCACCAUGGGCAUGCACAGAGGGCCUCUUUGCAGCAGCUGGUAAACUCCUGAAGCCAGGUGGCAUUCUGAUCACUUACGGGCCUUACUCAAUCCAUGGUGAAAUCACCCCUGAGAGUAAUGUGAACUUCAAUGCAUCACUGAAGGAGCAAAACUUUGAAUGGGGCCUUCGAGAUGUAGACGAGCUGGAGAAAGAAGCAAAGAAAAAUGGACUUGUGUUUGAUGCUAUGUUUGAUAUGCCGGCAAACAACAAAACUCUUGUGUGGCAGAAGAACGAAUAGAGCUGGCACACAAUUCAGGUCACUUUACAGGUGCUUUGAUGCCUUGGUAAAACAAACAUAUAUUGUGUGUAGUUGCAUGUUGCAAGUAUUUCAUUUUGCUUGUUAUCAUGACUAAAGCAACAAAAUUGUAAUCACAUUUGUAAUUGUGCAAUUGUAUAGGGUUCUUUAAGGUUUACAUGCACAAAUUUCACAGCCAGUAUGCACUUCUACUAAGGUAUGCCAAAGAUGUAUAUGCUUUAUUUUUUACUUGCAUUUUAGAAUAAAUAUUACUAACAGUGUCAGAAAAUGAGUACUUAGCUACUUCAAUUGGUACUUAAAAGUAUAAUUAUGAAGGCAAUUAAAAGAAAGAAAUGUGUGCCUUAUAUUGUAAGGAUAUGUUAAUAUGCAAAUAACUUAAAAAUGGUAAAAGAUUACUCAAAUGUAUAUCUACACUAAUUAGAUUUUAUACUAGUUUUGAUAUGCUGACGAGACAGGGAGGUUUUCAGCUCCAAAUCUUAUUUAUUUCAAGGGUAGUUUCCUAUGUAAUGUUUUGAAUUUGAUUGCAGCAGAAUGUGAAACGUGACUUUUCAGUCUUCCCAAUACUGUAACUGAGUGAUCUUGACACACCUUGUUCUAUUGAUAUGUUCUUUAUACAAUUAUGCACAUUCCAGAGUACAUCUGUGUAUGUCUUAUAAUAUGGAGAAUUUAUUUCUUCUAAUUACUGUUCUGUGAUUAAAAUAUUUCCAAAUAACCUUUUUUGUCUCUUGUAGUUUUUUGUGUUGCAUUAGGUUUAUAUAAUAAUUAACUGUUCCAGUAAUAGUAGAUGAAAUAGUAAGAAACACACAUUUUUGUAUAUUUUUAUAGCUUGCAUUAAAUUAUGGUUGUGCAUCAUCAUAUGAACAAAAUGGAGAAUAUUAGAAAGCCAAAAUUAAGUGAAAAGUUGUAUACAUAAUGGUGGUUUACCUAAAAUACUUGUACUUCAUUUUCUGUCCCAUCAUAAUGAAACCUGUUCUGUUUAGCAGAUGAGGAGAAAGAAGUGGACUGUAAUCUCCAUAGUAAACAUUGUAACAGCUGUUGAGAAAGGAACUGUUCCGCAAGACCAGCUGAAGUGCUUAACAUUUUGGUUAUACAUUAUUCUUUCAUUACAUGUUCUCAUGAUUCUGAUGAAAGAUUAUAUAAUCAAAAAUGAUCAAGUAAUUCAUCUUGGAAUGAUGAUAUGUUCUCUAUAAUCCUUUCUCAAUAAAAGUCCACAUCACAUUUGCAUUUAAACACCUUUUCAAGUCUAGUUCUCACACUAUGUGCAUUUAGUAAUAUGAUAGAUGUGGUAAGGUCUCGAGUUCUUGGUUUCAUUCAGCCACUGGAAAUGGCUAACUAUACUGGUCCAUCUUGGCUUGCAAGAAUAUAUAAAUAAGCACAAUUCACUUUAUUUUCUCCAUCAUUCUAAAAUCUGAAAGCAGCUAUGUGAACACCCUUCAUAAUGGUGACAUGCAGUUGGCACUUCAUACCAAAUAAAGAUGAUAUUUUGU